GGUAGGGAUCCGGAAGCGCAGCGUCAGGAUACGCCGCAGGCUGCUGCAUCGAUGACACGGCGGGGCCCUUGACCCGACGCAGGCAGCGCCAUGCGCCGCCCCGAGGGCGAGGUGAGGCCCCGCUCGACGUGCGGUGGGGCCUCCGGUGACCACUGGCUGCUGCGGGAGCUGGCGGCGAUGGACGAGCGGCUCUCGAGGCAGCUGUGCAAGGUGCAGGAGCAGGUCGUGAGGCUGGAGGACCGGCUGGCCUCCUCCAUGGAGGCCAGGAGCGCUGCGGUGGAGGGCAAGCAGGCCGCCACCGAAUAUGGGAGCUCUCUCGACUGGCAGCGGCCUCGCAGGGCAUGCAGGCGGAGAUGGAGAGGCAGGUCAGGGCGGCGGGCGAGGACCGGCUGCGGCUCCAGCUCCUAGUGAACGACGCCGUGCAGCGUGAGGCGCGGGACCUGCGGCACGAGCUGGCGGGGACGCUGGACAGCAUGUGCAGGAAGCUCACGCCCUCCUCGCAGGAGCUCGGCCGGCUGCGCGAGGCCGCGCGGAGCCACGGCGAGCAGCUGGCCGCGCUGCUGCAGCGCGCGGAGCGCGGCGAGGGCGA